CUCCGCGCCCGGAAACCGAAAGGCGGCCUCCCUCCCCGCGCCGCUCUCCGCCCAGCCCGCCGGGUCGCCGCCUCCGCCGCUCCUCCUCCGUUGUGGCGCAGGAGAGCUCCGCUGCCCGGAAGGCCGAGGCUGCCGCGCCUUCUUUCCGCCUCACCGGCCCGCGCGAUGGCGUGAGGCGGCGCGAGGCGAAGGGCGCGACUAGGCCGCGCCGAGCCGGGGACUCGAGUAGCCGCCGUGGCCGGGGUCGGUGAGGGGACGGCCGGGCAGGCGGCGCAGCGGGCCCGCCCGCCUCCUCCUCGAUGUGGCUGCAGCAGCGGCUGAAGGGGCUGCCGGGCCUGCUCUCGAGCAGCUGGGCCCGGCGCCUGCUGGCGCUGCUGGUCUUCCUGCUGGUGGCCUGCUGGUACCUCGGCGGGGCCUGGCUGCGCCUCCUGCCCUGGCGGCACGGGCGGCCCGCGGGCGGCGCGGCCGGGCUGUGCCUGCAGGCCGAGACGCAGGCCUGGCAGGCCUUGGCUGAGAGGGGCGACGCCAGGCUGCUGCCGCUGCAGGCCGGGCCGGGAGGCGAUGGCGACCAGGGCGCCCUGCUGGGCCUGGUGGGCAACGGGCACCUGCUGCUGGACGUGGCCGCCAACCGCCUCUGGGUGGCCCCGGCCGCGGGCAGAGGCCUGGCAGCCGCCUCCCCAGUUUACGCCACCGAAUACCCGGCCUUGGCGCAGCUGCGGGCCCCGGCCACCACCCUGGCCGAAGCCGGGGCAGCCGUGGUCAUGCUGAGGGAUGGAGUUAUCCACAGGGCCCGCUGCGUCCACCCUGGUCCGGCGGGCUCUGACGGGGCGGCCCAGGAGUGCGUGGCCAUCCGGGAGGAGGUGCUGACCCACCGGGGGCGGCCGCACCUCUACCUGCAGCGGGUGGCCAUCACCAACCCCACCGAGCGCCAGGUGGCCUUUGAGGUGUCCGGCCCACCGUUGAAGGCAUCCUCCUUGACCCUCGGCAGCGGCGGUGCCGGUUCCGGCAGCAAGUUUGUCACCACCUUGGAGAAGGCCGGUGACCGGCAGUUCCUGCUGUCCUCGGGCCGCGUGCUGCAACCAGACGGUGCCAAGGUGGUGCUGGUCGUGGUGGCGGCCAAGAAGCUGGUGAGCCGGGUGCAGGUGGCGCCCCGAUCGCAGUUCGACGAGACCUUGGUGUCAGUGGUGCAGACCUCGGAGCCCAUCGAGGCCUCCCGGCUGGAGGAGACCUUCAGCAAGCUGCGGGAGGCGACCAGGAGGGAGAUGUUGGAGGUGCUGAGGAUGAGGGUGGAAGACCUGUUGCAGGAGCACCGGAAAGCCUGGGCCGACUUAUUCAUCUCAGGGGUAGAAAUGAGGAAGAUCACUGACGCUCACACCCCAUCCAGCAAGACUGUCAACAUGACACUCUAUUACGUCCUCUCUACCAUGCCAGCUCCCUUUCUGGAUCCUCUCAUUAGCAGCGAGGAAAGGGAAAAAAUGGAAGCUACACUGAACUAUGCCGACCACUGCUUCAGUGGCCAUGCCACGAUGCAUGCAGAGACCCUGUGGCCGGCGCACUUGGUGAGCGUGCCUCAGGUCCUGCAGCUCUCAGAUUUGUGGAAGCUGACCCUCCAGAAACGAGGGUGCAAAGGUCUUCUGGCGGCCGGUGCCCACGGCCUCAUGCAGGGAAUGGUGCUUAGCUUUGGAGGGCUGCAGUUCACCGAGAACCACCUCCAGUUUCAAGCUGACCCCGAUGUGCUUCACAACAGCUACUCUUUGCGUGGGAUUCAUUACAACAAGGACCUGAUUAACUUGGCUGUGCUGCUGGAUGCAGAAGGGAAACCCUUCCUGCAUGUCUCUGUGAAGUUCCAGGAGAAGCCGGUCCAGCUGUACGCUUGCGAGGGGGGCUGCUCGAACGAGCCUGUGGAACUCACUUCGGAGCUGCGUGGCCACACAUUCCCCGUCAUGGUGACGCAGCCCAUCACGCCGCUGCUCUACAUCUCGACAGACUUGGUUCACCUGCAGGAUCUGAGACACACACUGCACCUGAAAGCCAUCCUGGCCCAUGAAGAGCACAUGGCAAAGCAGUAUCCAGGCUUGCCCUUCCUCUUCUGGUUCAGCGUGGCCUCCCUCAUCACUCUCUUCCACUUGUUCCUCUUCAAGCUCAUUUACAAUGAGUACUGCGGACCAGGGGCUAAGCCGCUAUUCCGCAGCAAGGUGUAAAGCCAGCCAUGCCUGGGGGGGAGAUGCCUGACCCUUUGCCAGCAGAGUCAUUCUCUUGGAUUUCUGAACCUCGGCUCCCCGGCCGGAAAGUAGGGGGCCUGAGUAGCAGCUUGAAUGUCCUGUGGACAAGCUCUGGGUGUGCACAUGUAUGAAGGAGUAACAGUCCACAUUCAAUUUUCUUUUAAAAUUUUGCUCUGGUACAAAAUAAUUUUUGAGGGUGGGGCGCACUUUUAGCACAGUUUCUAUUGUUGGGGACCACAGUUGCCUCUGGAAUGAGUGAUUGCAGAAAGCAGAACGCCAUGGUAUGUUCAGGGAUUGCAGGAGGGGAUCUAUUGAAAUAAGCCGUACGCUAGUGCGAAGAUUACAGAAUGAAUCUAAAGGAGGGGCGGGGGGUUGCUCUUUACACAUUGACCGUUGAGGGGACUCGGGCUUUUUGCUGCCUCUCAUGGUGGUUGGAAAUAUUGUGAUAGAUUAUUAUUAGGAUCUUCUAGGUGUAGAGUUCACAGGGCCAAGGAAAUGUUGAGGCAAAGGAGGCCAAGGAAUGGCCUUUCUUCUUUCUGCAGCCCAUUCUAGGCCUGAAGGAAAGCUGAUGGCUCGGGGCUGUUCGUCCUCCCACUCCUUCCCAUGGCAGCAUCAAGUGUUGAAUUGUGAUAGUGGUUACUAAACUCACAAGACAGAGAAGUCAACCGGGGACAGAAAGGCCUUGACUUCAGAUUUUCCUCUCUCUCUUUGCUGCCAGAGUGAGGGGGGGGGGGAGUUAGCAGCUGAAAUGAAAGGAAACUACAGCCUAGUUAUGUUUGGGGUUACAAGUUGGCAAGCCCAGAAAACAUGGGGUGUGGAGGUGCUGGGCCAGUGGACAUUAGCAGUUGUUUGCAAGUUGAACGUUCUCUGUUGGCUCUGAAUAUUGGACUUUAGUGUAAAAUGUGGGGAAGGAAGAUGGCAGAUCUGGUCCCCAUCAGAGCAAAGGUGUUCUUUCCAGCUAUCACUUUGUGUUGCAUAAAAAAAAAAUUAGAGAGAAUUGGCUAGAAAUCCCCCUUGCAGAAUGUGCAUACUACUGGAACCUUGGAACUCACUGAGCUUCUUUUUAUUGAUUUCUUCCUCUGUGUGUGUUGUGUGUGUGUGUGUUUUUGAAAGAUUUAAAGUUCCCAUGCCCCGCCCCCUUUGCACCAUGCCCUCAUUAAACUGUUAAAAAGCAGUUGGUAUAACUAGCUGCUGCUAUUCCUUCUAUAUAGAAAAUGCAUGGCUGCUGUUAAAAUCAAUGCUCUGGCUCCUUGUUCCUGGAAAUGUCUGGAAAAUUCCAAUGUGUGCCGUCAUAACAUUAUGUUAACUGCCCAGGCAAAUAGUGACCAGUGAAGGACAGCUGGGGAGAGCCAGUUAUCUUCACGAUGCUGUUGCUGCAUCAUUGUCCAUUAAGGCUUACUGAACAUUUCCAGGGAAAGGGGAAGAAGAGGAUCGGGGGUCCCGGCCUUUGGCAGCAGCCGUAUUUUCUCUAUAUAUUGUAGAUGCACACCCACUUGCCUUCCUCUACAGAACUAUCAGCUUUUAUCCAAGGAGAGCAUGUGACACUGAGAAAAGACAAUUAGAGGUGCUUACCGAGCGCUGAAGUGGUGAGGAGCUGCUGUGUAGGUGCACAUAUCAUUAAAAGAUAGCUUAGUAAAAAGACUCCACUUCAGGCGGAAGUGAUGUCCUAUGGAGUGUCUUUUAACUGCAAGUGAGAUGAACAGUGGGAUAAAAACCUAGUGCUGAUAGCUGAAAUGGAUGUCUGAGGCAGUGUCACAGCAGCUGGAAGAACAAAGAUCUUUCCCCAGCAGCCUGCCCUUUGUGCCUUGUGGAGGAGGGAAUGAGAAUUGGUGGGACUUCUUCACCAUCUCUCUUUUUAACCCCUCUCCCCAAGUGUGUUGGCUUCCAUAAGAUGUGCUCCCUUUAAUAGAGAAGACUUGAAAAUUACAUUUUCUUUUCCUCUGCUUAAUUUCAUAGGAAAAUAAGCCACCUUCUGUUUUGGUCCCCAGACUUACCUGAAUGAGACAGUUCUACUCCCCCCACCCAUUCUAAUCGAAUGUUGUCUCAUUUUCUGUGUGUAUUUUAAUUUAUUGUUGGUGGAUUUGAGAUGUUGAAUCAUUGCAACUUUGAAAGUGAAUAACAGCCAAUUAAGAAUGUAUAUAUUUAUCUCUCGUGCAUUAAUCCAGCGCUGCAAACGGGUUUCCCGGCCUUUUGUGAACAUAGCAUACAAAAUAGUCAACGUUAAUUGAAGGAGGUGAUCUAUCGGGUUUUCUUGCUCCAAGUGUGUUGCAAUGUCCUAUUUCAGACUUCCUGAUGAUUUGAAUAUGAUUGUUUGUUUGAUUUUACAAAUACCAAAGGUUUUUGUUUUUUAAGGAAAUAAAUACCAUUCAAAUAUACACUUAGUGGUUUCAGUCA